AUGACAAAAUCGAAGAAUAUAUUGUCGCGGUGUACACCUCUCCAUGGCCAGAUAUGGCAAAAGCUGGCAACUAAUUAUGUUCUUAUAAUCUUUGUAAGACAUAUAGAAGGAAGAAGAUGGAAGAGAUACAUCAUGAAUUUCCUGGGAUAUCAUUAUUGGUUCUUCUACCUGUCCAAUCCGCAUAGUUUCGGCAUCUUUUCUACCACAGUGAAAACCUUGCUGACAUUUUUCGCCGAGACUAGUUUUAUGUUCAGCAAUAUCAUGUGCUACAUAGUGUACCACGAGCCCGAUGGUGUUAUGAACCUAUCCGCCUCAGUAUAUGUAGGCUCCUUACUUGCAUUAUUCAGUUCCUCAAUAGUCAUACUGGGUAUAGAAUAUGCAUUGUGUAAUAUACGCCCGACUUUCCAAAGACAAUAUCAUGGUUUACCCAUAGCAUUCGUUUCUAAUGAUACAACCGAACGAUUAAAAAAUUUAGAAGUUUACUGGGAAGGAUCGGAUGCUUCUUCUUCUACUGAUGAGGAUAGUGAUAUCAAAAUCUCUGGACCUAUAGCCGAAAUUCGAAGCAAAAAAGCAGCUAUCAAAGCAAAAGAAGCACUAGAAGCAAAGAUGGAGAAAAAGAAGAUGGCCAAAAACAGAAAAAGAACUCGGAGAAACCGAAGACAAUUUCCAGAGAAGAGAAACAAUGAUACUGUAACUGAACAUAAAGAUUCAGAAAAUAGAGCUAAAGAUCAGUCCCGUGUUCCUACGAGUGGUUUUGAAGGAUCUAGAAAAAACGGGGUAAAAUUUGCACCAAACGUUAACAAAUCUAAUCCGAGGCUUAACAAGUCAUGUGACCACCAGCAGGUCGAUCACUUCCAGAAAGAAACAGACCACGUGUCAGUAGACUUAACACCUAUUGAGGUCAAGCAUUUAUGGUUCAAAGGGCGCCAGUCAUCUAAGCGUUUACCCGGGGAGCAUAUGAAGAUCUAUACUGAUUCCAAUGAUGUUUGGGAGACCGGUAGUAGCAGGACAUCACUUUUAACGAUUGAUUCAGUCCAAAAUUCAUCGUACGCCCCACACGACACACCACUUAGUUUAUGCGAACGGGGACAAGUAACUCAGGACGAAACUAAUCUGAACUUUUCUUCAUCUACAGACACUGGAGCAAGAUGUCAGCUUCUCGACACGACCAGAAAGUUUGCUACGCGUACUUGGAACAUGAUCUCGAAUGCCGAUAUCAAGAAAUGGUGGUUCGAAGAUCGGACACCCGAUAAACCGGCCCAAGGCGAACAUUUGCACAAUUAUAAGACGCAUUCUGAAGAUUGGGAAACAAAAAGUAGCAGAUCAUCUCUUUCAGAAAUCUCUGAAGUUCCUCAACAAGUAAUUGAUUCCUUACGGCCGAAAAUUGACAACUUCGAUUUAACUCCAAGCGAUUCAGUAACAUUCAAAUCCGAGUCGGAUACUUCAGUUCAUUUGACUAAGAGUAUUGAAAUGCAGAGCGGAACCAGUGACGACCAGCUUCUGUGUAACAAGGGACCAAAUAAGAACGUAAAAUCGUAUAGAUCAACACGGACUGCAGAACUGCAUCCUAACCGACGAAAAAGAAGACUUGCCAGUGAAAAACAAAAUAACGCUACAUAUAGGUUAACAAGCAACGGUGACACUCAAAUCGGGGGUUCGUUAUCUGCGUUGGCCCUACAAUACCUCAAGCAAGCAGUUCCCGUCGUAUAUGCUUCUUCCCCAGAAGAUGACGACGAUGACGAUGGCUCUGUUCGCUUUAUUCAUAACACUAAAAAGAAAAACAUCUUCGAUGUUCUAUCACCAUCGAAAGUAGGAGAAGAUUCUCAGAAAAUCGAACCAAGUCCGUCGGAUAAUAACGAGAUACCCACUGCAGAAAUAACAAGCUUAAUACGGAAGAAGUCAAAAAGAGCGCCCGAUUCUGCAUCAUCCUAUACAGGCACACCUUGUACAGAUACCGAAGGAUUUAUAAAACAGCCACAACGCAAAUCAUCCAAUAUGUUGCAUAGUGGUCUACCUUUAAUCCAAGAAUUUGAUCCGGAUACAAGACCCAAAGUCAUAGCGUUCAAUGUAAAGCCUGAGAUCCAAGGCUCCUCAUCAAAAUUUCCCACAAGAAAGUAUGGACCAUCUUCUUCUCAAGCAUCCGAAGCCUCGCAAGAAACCACUGCAGUAACUCCAUCAACGUGCACUAUAGGUCUCGCUGCUGCAGCAUCACUAGGUGGUGCUUCUAUUACUGCACCAGAUAUAGCAUCUUCACCUGCAGCUUCAUCAGUUAAUCAGGUAACCCAAACCUCUCCCAUUAUUGCUUCUAAGGCUUCACCAAAUUAUUCACUCAAAGAUGUUCCUGAUGUCGUAUCUGUAGCUUCAUCGGAUAGCACAAUACCAGAUUCUCCAGAAAUGGAACCCGAAGCAUCACCAGAAGCAUCAUACACGAUAUUGAAUGUUGAAGAUGAAGACGCUGUGCUUGAGUUCGAACUAGAGAAACAAUUUGAAGAAUUUAUGACAAUUUUAAAUGAUCCAUAUUCAGACGAGGCGAUGGAUUUAUAUUUUGGAACUAAAAAGCAAAUGCCAGAUAUUCUAGAAAUUGUCUCUUAUUGUACAGCAUUUAGAAGUCAAUCUGGAUGGUCCAUUGAUCCUUCGUCAGCAUCCGUCCGCUCACCAUCUUCCUGUUCUUCAGCAACAACGGUGCGAGAAAAUAAUUACAGGAUAAAAGACCACGGAAUUUCUUCUAGCAUGGAAAUGCUAGAGAAGAUAGCUGAAGCAGUCUCCAAGCACAUCCCGGGAUCGUCACGAUCAGCAUCAACCGUGACCGGCAGCUUGAGUCUUCAAGAUAACACAUCUAAUGAAUUACGAAGAUUGUCGUCUGAAACCUCCUGCCGCACGACGUUUACCGAUCCGUAUCUAUUACGCCCCUUAUAUCCUUCAGAAUACAGAAUAACCGAUUCGGAUUUCCUGUCGAAGUGUCAGUUUUCAUGGUUGACAUCCGCUACAGAUUCUGAUAAAAACUUCAUCCCCAACUUGCUUCAGAUCAUUCUACUCGAUAUCGACAGCCUGAUGACAAACGAUCGUACAUGGGCGUCCUUGGGAAAGAAAACCCGCACUUGGUACGUAAUGGUAUGCCGUAACUUAUGGAAUCAGAUUCAAACACAUAUGCUGGACAGGGACUUUGUCAUAAAACAAGAUAUAAGGUUAAAGAGGAUUCAGAAUCGAGAGAAGGAGGAGAAUUUCUCACAGGUCGUAAGUGGAUCGUCGUCGUCAGAGAUUGACUUGAACACAUUGCUUUCAGCGACUGCAGUAUCGGAUGAGUCCGAAAGAAGCGAAGCAAGGUGUGUUCUCCUCGACCAAGAAGUGGAUUGCUAUUGUGAUUGUGGACGAACAGAGUGCAACCAGGUACAAAAUAUCUUCUCAGAUCUGUUAUUAUUAGCUUCGUCGAUUCUUAGUCAAACCGUGUCAGACCUCUAUAAACUGAUCAGUCAGUCCGAACGGAUCUCACAAGAAGCCUUGCUCGAUCUGUGUGAUUCUAUAAAUAGAUCUAUUGAAAUAGCUUCAUAUGAUCUUGCCGCUGUUGCCAUUGAACCGGACCUUAUAACAUGCUAUGAGGAUCUCUGGUCCUUUCCAGUAGAUCCCGGACAUCAAGUUCUGGCUUCCAUAAUAGUUCACAAAUCUUUAAGACGAGGAGCUGCAAUUUAUGAAUUUGAAUGGCAUCUGGGCAAAAGAGCAUACUUUCUUGUAUCCGAAGUAAUCGAUGCAGCCGUUGGAGAUGUUGGAUGCGAAAUAUAUGAAGACACAGUAAUCGCUAAACUCUGUCAAGAUGCCAUCAAAGAAGCAACGCAAGAAGUGUUGCAAGAUUUCGCUGACCCAAUACAUAUUUUCACUCAACAUGCUAUUAAGCAUAAACUAAUCCGUAUCACUAAAGACAUAGUGAGAUCUCAACAUCGGUUAUCAUUUAUCGAAGAUGUGGUCAAACUGCUGGCAUCUUUAUGGAGACUUGAGGGUCUCGAUCUUUCUGUUGACAUUACAUCGAGAUUAGUUGAAGCUUUGAUUACAAGAAUUUUCAAGGAGCAACUCAAAGACACCAGAAUCUUUUCCAAUUUGGUCCAGCUGAAGGAAAUUGAGCAAGGGAUCAAUCGGUUUGUAAGAACAGCUAUUCUGUGUGCGACAAAUAACCUGCUUGUUUGUAUUGAAAAUGGCGAACCACUUAAUCAAGCAAAUCUUACAAGUAUCAUUGAACAGGUUGCGGACUCUGAUUCCAAAGAAUCAAAAGAAGCUCAGGGUAUCUCAGUAACAGCUGAAAAGACCCAACGACAGACAAACAAUUUACCGAAUGUGCAGAAGGAUCGGAGAUUAAGCAAACAAUACUCGUCAGACAAGGGCCGUUCCAUUUCAACCAUAAGAAAAAUGCCGCAAAUUUUAGCCGAAGAAAUAAAUUUCAAUAUAGAUGUUGCAUCUGCAGCUGUAUAUUACUACCUCGUUGAUCAAAGUUCCAUUAUAUUCGAUGAAUAUACUUUUGAUUUGGAAAUAUCUUCCAUGGUAGACGAUAUAAUUUUGAAGGCGAGGAACUCUCUCAUAGCAGAUCAGUUGAGGAAAAUAGCCAUGGAAGAAAAGGCAGAAAGAUCAAAUAUAUAUUCAAGCGAUGAAUUUGCGCCUUCGGACAUGUACCUGAAGAUGAAAAGCUGUCUAAUAUCUUAUGAUGUACUGAUGGACGCUCAGAUAUCACUUAUUGAGGAUUCUAUUGGUGAUCCAUUUACUCUAGAUUCAAAAGAAAUAUAUGACCUCAGAAAAGAAUUAGGACCUUUGAAAAUGUACUCAGAGUUUCUGGACCAGGACAUACAAAAUAGGAAUAAACAAGAAAUGAUCAAAGAAUUGAAGAGAUACUCCAAGAGACAUCGUGAUUAUGUGACGAUUAAUCUUCAAAAUGUUGCCGAUUCGCAAUGUAUCACCAACAACACGCCAAAUUACGAUGACCGAGAUCUGUAUUUACUAGAAUGGUUGUUGCGCUAUAUAUUUCCUUCGAUGCCCUCAAAGAUGAUAUUUGCUGCCUCCAACCCCGUCCCUUGUCUCUUACCAAAUUUAUAUGGCUCUAAUCUCUUUGAAAUGAAAUGA